CGCUUGUUGACUUCGAGAGAAGGAAGACAUUGAAACGAAAACAGAGCGCGCAGCGUGUUGUUGUUGUUGUGACUGUCGAGGACGUCUGCUUUGGAAGGCCAGCCGAAUGAAGCAGCCAAGAGCCAAUUCAUUCAGGGGUUCUUUGGAUGCAUGAAAGCAGAAGAAGAUGUCUGCCAGCUGCCCGCCACAGUCCCCGGCUGUUCCGAAGACCGAGAUUGCUAUUGAAGGAGAGUCCCCACUGUUGGCUGCUACAUUUGCCUACUGGGACAACAUCUUGGGUCCUAGGGUACGCCAUAUUUGGUCUCCCAAGACUGAACAGCUUCUUCUGAGUGAUGGCGAAAUUACAUUUUUAGCCAAUCACACACUAAAUGGAGAAAUCUUACGAAGUGCCGAAUACGGUGCCAUUGACGUGAAGUUCUUUGUCCUGGCGGAGAAGGGAGUCAUUAUUGUGUCCUUAAUCUUCGACGGAGAAUUGAAAGCGGACAAAAACACCUGUGCGCUCUCCAUAAUCCUGCCUCAGACGGAGCUCAGCUUCUAUUUGCCUUUGCACCGAGUCUGUGUUGACAGGCUGAAGCACAUUAUUAGAAAGGGACGGAUAUGGAUGCACAAGGGUCACAGCAUCAUCUCCCUGCUGACUACAGAGAUUAUUCCAGUUAUGGAGCUGCUCUCCUCCAUGAAGUCUCACAGUGUUCCAGCAGAAAUCGAUUUAAGAGACACUUUGUUGAAUGACGAUGACAUUGGAGACAGCUGCCAUGAAGACUUCUUACACAAGGCCAUCAGUUCUCACUUGCAAACGUGCGGCUGCUCCAUGGUGGUGGGGAGCAAUCCAGACAAAGUUAAUAAGAUUGUCAGGACUCUCUGUCUGUUCCUGACUCCCACGGAGAGAAAAUGUUCCCGACUGUGCAGAGCUGAAUCUUCAUUCCGAUACGACUCUGGGCUUUUUGUGCAGGGCUUGCUGAAGGACAGCACAGGCAGCUUUGUUUUACCUUUUCGCCAAGUUCUCUACGCGCCUUACCCCACCACACACAUCGAUGUGGACGUCAAUACCGUCAAGCAGAUGGCCCCCUGCCACGAGCACAUUUACAACCAGAGGCGCUAUAUGAUGUCCGAGCUCACGGCACUGUGGAAGGCAACGUCUGAUGAAGAAAUGGCACCUGAUACAAUCGUGCAUGCCGAUGAAACGUUUACUCCAAAUCUAAAUGUAUUUCAAGAUGUCAGCCACAAGGACACCCUGGUGAAGUCUUUUUUAGAUCAGGUUUUUCAGUUAAAGCCCGGCUUGCCUCUAAGGAGUAUUUUUCUUGCUCAGUUCCUGCUUGUCCUUCAUCGUAAAGCACUAACAUUAAUAAAAUACAUCGAAGAUGAAACGCAGAAGGGGAAGAAACCAUUCAGGUCUCUUCGUAAUCUCAAGACAGACCUGGAUCUGACCACAGAGGGGGACCUGAACAUCACCAUGGCAUUGGCUGAAAAGCUCAAAGCGGGGCUGCACUGUUUUGUCUUUGGAAAGUCCUUCUACACGAGCGUUCAGGAACGAGAUGUACUGCUGAGCUUUUAAUGGGCACCUUCAGCUUCUGACGACGGGUGCACUACAUGUAUUUCAAUGUGUGGUUUUUAUUGUGACAAAUGGCCACACGGGUACAAAAGCCGUCACUAACAGCUUUCAUUUUUUGCACCUUCAGUUUUCUUCCUUAGGAUUGUUAGGUGUUUAUAGCAUGCUGGUUUGUAGGUGGAAGAGCCCAGAAUGACACUGGGCACGAUGCACACACAGUAACUCACAGCACUGAUACAAAGUGAGUCUUAAUGAAAAAAAAAAUGUUUUAGCCAAUAUUAAAAAGCGUCAUUGGCCUUGUGUAGGCCCCACUGGCGCUGAUAUUAGAAAUGCACCUGGAACUAUUAGGGUACGACAGGGAAAUACAGAAAAACGUUCAUUUAAAAUACACACGGCUGGUAGAUGGCAAAUACGUGUGCUUUGGAUUCUCAAAACAUGGUCAUAGCAGCCAGCAGUUUUGAUCUGCUCUGACUUCAAAUUCAACAUUUCAGGGUUUGCCAAAAAAAUUGCCCUGUAGUUGGAAUAAGAUCACUGUCUCGUUUACGUGUCAUAAAAAGGUGACUGAAGCAGCUCGGGGUCAAGACGGACCCCCACACUUCUGCUCUAACACAUCCAAAAAUUUGCAACUCAUAAAAUGGCUGCUAAGCAAGAGAAUUCAGUAAAGGGUCUACAAGAGGUGGCCACGUGGGUUACAGAAACACAAUUCUUAGUCUUAUUUCAUGGUGGGUAUUAUUCAGGCGGCUUUUAUUUUUUUUUGUCUCGUGCGCCACAUGUAAAGAGACCUGUUGUUCAGGUAGAUGUGUUUGGGGUGAUAAGAAGAUGUAGCACGCUGUUGUCCUUCUUUAGGUUCAUCUUGCACACCACAGGAUUUCAGUUUAAAUUCAUAAGCAGAGGAACUCUGGGUGAUGGACAAUGGGGUCUUUUGUUGUCGUGUUGCAUGUACUCGUAGUGGAUUGUGAAACUUGGAUGUGUAAUUGUACGAGCUUGCUAUGAAAUCACUUGCACUGCCAUAUAUUGUGAUAGCAUAAUCGUCUGCUCGGCGUGUGCAGUUGAGGUUGUAAGUUUACAUCCACCUUGGCUAAAAACUUUCAAACCUACUAUUCUCCCAACGUCCCGUCCAUCGUAUUGUUGAACCUUUUGAAACAAACGUCACUUAUCCCUGGGGAAUCAAUUGUGCCUUCCUGAACCACCUGUGUGGUCCCCAGCUUUUUAUAUUUUCUCAGAGAUGUACAGUAUGUACGUGUGGUACUUUGAACCUUUUGGAGAUGACACCUAAGGAGGAACCUGACUUGUGAAUUGCCCACCUGACUCCAUUCUUUUGAUUACUCAAUUUUCAUUGAGUACAGUACAGGUAGGCCCUUAUUUACGGCCACAGGUGUCCUAGUUAGCCAUUCAUUGUGCCAAUGAGCAACUCAGAAGCUGCCAAGAGUCAUGACGUCAACUCCUGAAGUCAUCCAUGUGCUGUCAGUCUGCUGACCCAUUGAAAAUCUGACUAUGUGGUUAAAAGCUCUCUGUCUCUUAAUGGUUGUUUUGGAGAAAAAAACUUACAGAAAAGAUGUGGAUGCACAAAUUGACAAAACGUGGAUUGCUUGGUAACGUGAUUUGUGUUAAGUUGGGGCAUUUUGAGUUUGUAGUGUUUUAGCCCAGGUGGAUGUAAAUGUAUGGCCUCCAUUGUAUACAUCCUGAGAAGUCAGAGUGUUUGCUCCUAAAAUCUUAUUUAAAUUGCUGCUGUUGAUUUUUUUUUAUUAAAUGUAAUGCCAGUAUUGGAUACCUCUGAAUCGGGUGGCGCAACGUUCUGGUGAGCAGCACUCUGUGCCAUUUGACAUCUUCUGUUGCUUUGGAAAUUUGCACAGUUAUUUUUUUUCUAAUGAACAGAAUUUGGGAAUAUUAAUUUUUGAUUGCCAUAGCUUUCCAGACAAAAAAAAAAAAUGAACCGUGUCAUUCAAUGUACUGCUGACUUGAUUGUGAAUUUGUAAAUGUUUCUCAGAUCAGAUUGUGAGUAUGAACUUCAUGUUUUAUGUUAAUAAAGUUUCAUUUGUCCUAAUGAACAAAUACAGUAAAUGUCCACUA